AUGGUCAUUGAGAGGUGUUUGCUUGAAUGGGGAGUUGAUAAUGUGUUUACAAUGAUUGUAGAUAAUGCAAGUUCAAAUGAUGUUGCCAUUGCCUACAUAAAAAGAAAAGUUUCAAAUUGGAGAAAAGACAUUCUAGGGGGCAAAUUCUUACAUAUGAGAUGCAUUGCACAUAUAAUUAACCUAGUUGUGCAAGAAGGUUUGAAAGAAAUGGGGGAUUCAAUUGCUCGUAUUAGAGAUGCAGUCAGAUAUGUUAGGCAUUCACUUGCUAGGUUGAAAAAUUUCAAGCGUUGUGCAGAAGUAGAAAAAGUAGAAUACAAAAAGAUGUUAUGCUUAGAUGUUAGCACUCGAUGGAAUUCUACUUAUCUAAUGCUAGACACAGCUCAAAGAUAUGAAAUGGCUUGUGAAAGGUUUAGGGAUGAAGAUCCUUCAUUUAGAAUUGAGCUUGAGACUAGGGAUGGCAUACCAAGUAGUUUUGAUUGGGAAAAAGUCAGAAAAUUUGUGAUGUUUUUGGAACACUUCUAUGAACUCACUAUACGAGUUUCAGGUUCUUUGUAUGUUACAAGUAAUACAUUUUUUGAUGAAAUUAGUGGGAUUGAUUGUCUUCUAAAGCAGCGGGAAAAUAGUGAUGACCUAAAGUUGAGUUUAAUGAGCAUGAAAAUGAAGGAUAAAUACAACAAGUACUGGGGAAACAUUGACAAAAUGAAUAUGUUGAUCUUUGUUGCAUCUAUUCUUGAUCCUAGAUGUAAGUUGGGAUUUGUGCAAUAUGCUCUUUCUACUAUGUAUGAAGGUGACAAGGGUUUUUUGGUGGGUCAAAUGGUUCAGGAUACAACAUUUGAAUUGUUUGCUGAGUAUAAAAAGUUAUCACAAUUUAAAAAUGAAGAAUCAAACACAAGUGAAACUUCAAGCUCCACUUGCUCCACUGGUCAAGGUGAAGCAGCAGAACGAAAGUUCAAAGUUUUGUAUUAA